CUCUGCUAUGCAGUCUUUUUUUCUUCUUAUGACCCUCUGAGUCUCUCUGUGUCUUAUUUAUGCUUCAGUAUUUCUGCCUUGCCAAACAUUGCGCUAGUUACUUUACCUUCCCCCUCUCUCUGCUUUUUGUCCACUCAUGGCUUUUCUCUUGUUUUUUUUCCCUUUCAUAUAUCUUCUUCUUACAACUUUUUUUUUCCCCCUCUCUUUCUGUCUUUCUUUUUAUAUCCUCUCCUGCUAUCUCCUUUCUGACAUCCCACUUCCAUCCACUGUCUUACUCUACCUUCCUCUUGACAUUUUCUCUCCACCCUGUUCCUUUUGUUAUUGUCCUUUUCAUCCCUUGCAUUUACAUAUAUAUGUAAAAUAAUAAUGUAAUAAAUAUGUAUACUAAUAUACUACAUAUAUAUUUGUAUAUAUGUACCUGUACUCUACUCCAUGUCUUCCAUUCUUCAGCUGAAACAAAGAAAUUACUUAUGCUGGUAGUCUGAUUGUAUUGCAUCCCUUUCUCAGCACCUGAAAUACACUGCUCCUACCCAUCCUCCAACACAUAUAUUGGGUAGACUGAAGAAUUAAGUGUGUGGGAAACGUUCCUAAAUUCAGAAGUGUACUUAGGAAAGCAUCUUGCUCAGGCUGCACUGUGAACAGAACAGUUGUUGUGCUCCCACUGGCAAUACCAGAGGAGGACUGUAAGUCCCUUGAAUUCAAGGAUCUAAUGACAUUUCUCAAUUUCAGUUUUUUUUUAAUGAAAAUAUUAUAAUGUUAGAUAAGGGACACUACCAUCUCUUUGAACUAUCCCUUGGAUCUUGGACUGACCCAAAAUAAGACCUCACAAAAUGCUUUUCUUUUUUUUUUCCCCAUUGUUUUGUUUUAUACAUUCAUUAAGCCAUUUUUCUGCAGUUAUUGGGAGAGAAAUGCUUUUUCCUUAUCAAUUCUAAGCUCUGCCUCUGAAAAGGGCUCUGUAUGGGGUGAGACUGGAAUCUUGGCUUUUCAGCUUCCACUUUCUUUGGAGCCAAAUGGAGAGGAGAGAGCUAUGACUGCAGGAUCAUAUUCAUUGGGUGGGAGAUGGAAGAAUAGAUACAUAAACCAAAAAUACUACAUUAACCUCAGAGGUGGGGGGUGGAGUUGUUUAAUAAUUAUUCCCCUUGAUUAUCACUGACUACAAGCACCAUCGAGGAUCCAGGGCAAAUGUUAAAUUUUGUUAUUUAAAUAAGAAUCUUCAUUUUAAAAAAAUCAUUUAAUAAUUAAACUAAUUUUUUUUGUCGUUCAGAGAGCAUACUACUGACUGGCUGGAAUGAAAACAGCUCUAUCCCACGGACUCCACCUCUGCUUUCUGGCAGCUUACCUGACUCAUAAAGAGAGUGGGGGGUUUUAUAUCCACCUACAUCAACGCAACAUUUUCCUUUGUGCUCCGACACCCAGCGAAAGAUUUCUCAGGAUGCCAGAGCCAGCCAAGUCAACCUCAGCCCCCAAAAAGGGCUCCAAGAAAGCUGUGACAAAGACCCAGAAGAAGGGCGAUAAGAAGCGGCACAAAAGCAGGAAAGAGAGCUACUCCAUCUAUGUCUACAAAGUGCUGAAGCAGGUUCAUCCUGACACUGGCAUCUCCUCCAAGGCCAUGGGCAUCAUGAACUCCUUCGUCAAUGACAUCUUUGAGCGCAUUGCUGGAGAAGCCUCCCGCCUGGCCCAUUACAACAAGCGCUCUACCAUCACCUCCCGGGAGAUCCAGACAGCCGUGCGCCUGCUGCUCCCAGGAGAGCUGGCCAAGCAUGCUGUCUCUGAAGGCACCAAGGCUGUCACCAAGUACACGAGCUCCAAGUAGCCAGACAUCACCUCUGCAAUGGGACCAUCAAACACCAGGCCCUCCAUGCAAGCACGGGUAAGCAGCCAUGGUCUGGAUAAAUGUCACAGCUAUUAUCCACAGCAAUUUGCAGCCUUGGGAUGGGCAUGAAAAGCUGCCCAGUGGAAGAGGAGACAGUGAUCUGGAUGUCAGCUGGUUUUCAUAGUCUGUUCAGGACGUGGAAAGGAUUUGUCAAGGCUCAUGGAGGAGGCUCUUGCUUUCACAUCUCAUUCAAAGAACUGACCAACCAUACUGUAUCCAGUCUCCUCUGUGCUUAGCAAACACGCAUGUUUGGCACUGGCAGGGGAGACUGGCAGUGGCAGACACCAUCCCUGAAGUCUUCCUGUUUGACUGCUUUCUCACAGUCAUCUGAUAUGGGCACUGAGGAGUCAGCACUGGCAUCCUCUCUCUCAUAGCCUGGAUCCCUCCUGAUGUGCAGUGGCUCAGCCCACCCUGUGCUGGCAGAAGCGACAGCUACCAGGCACACAUUGAUUCAACAGCUAUCUGUGCUUGACAGCCUGUUUUAAAGAGCAAACCUGGCAGGCAGGCAGAUGCCCAAGUUGAUACCAAGUGCUAAUCCUCCUCAUUGCUCCCGAUGGAUGAGCCAUGGAGCAGGCUGAGGGUGCUGGCACUGCCUCCAGCUUGUGCCAAGGUGGAGAGAUGGACAAGGCGAGAUGUUGGGACUGGGUCACCACCUUUCCUGGCUGCUGCUUUGCCUGCUUUAGGACUUGCUUUGAUGUGCAAGACUUUGCUAAUUCUGCUGCUUUUUACAGACUUUUCCUGCCUUGACGCUGCCUGGGCACUCCCACCGUAAGUGUGGGUGAGAAGGGGUGGGGCCCAUGAGUGUCCCCUCUCCUGUGAGCUCUAGGCUGGUCCGGGACAAACAUUAGAGAAGCGUUGGGAGGGGACUGAGGAUUUGGGAAGGCAUCUGGUAUGGGAGCAGAGGUGGGUAAUGCAUUUUGGGGGGGAAAGAGGCUGGCUCCCUGCAUAGAUCACUGCAGGCAGCUCACCUGGCUCUGCCUUCCCUGCUUUGUUCAGCAGUUAGAAAGCAAAACCAAAAACUGGGGCUGGGUGGAUGUAUAGGGACACUUUCCUGCAUCCCAGAUAUUUUAAAGAUUACUCCCCACAUCUUCUCAAAAUCCACAGUAAGGUGAGCAAUAAUAGAAUCUUGUUAAAAGCCAUAGAGAUUAGUGGAGGCAUAUCUUGGUUACAGGUUUAUCUUGCCCAGACUGCUGGAUAGCAGAAGAGCAUGUGUAGCACUGGUGUGAAGUUGAAACUUCCUACUCAAAACACAAAAUUAGCCAACAUUAAAAAAAAAAUCAAAGUCUCUGGUAGGCAGUAAUGCUCAGAUAAAAAAUAUGCAUGUCUAAAAUAACAACAGUUUUCUGCAACUUAUUCUGUAAAUAAAAGGAGCAGCAAAGGCACAGGAUCCAGAACUAAGUGCAGAUUCUUCCUAAACUCCAAGACCUUGUUUUUAAUCGAAAAGUAAAUUCAUACUCCAAAAUAACAGCCUUGCAGUACAUCUCUAACUUUCCCCUGCAUUUAUCUCUAUCAUGUUUCUUUAUGCUUUGAGAGUGAUUGGAACCUUUAAAAAAUUUAGAUUGCUUUUGGAGCUGUAGGACUCUGCCUCUCCAGAAGAUUCAGUUAUUCCUUGGUUUUAUAAUAACAUUGCAGUCAUUUUUCAAUUGGUCUGAGGAGAGGACUGCAUAGACCUGCUCAACCAGGAGCACCUCAGAAACCCAAGAGCAGCCUGGAUGUGUGAUCUCUGUGCAGGAGUGAAGGUCAAGUUGUUUAUGGGCUGCUCCCAGCCCCCUGCACUGGUUUGAACACCCCACACCUGGAAAGGGACUUUCCUACCGCACUCUGCUCAGUGAUAACACACAGCUGUGUUUCAUAGCCUAAUGCCAGCAGGAAUGUCUGGUGAUACCUCUCAGAAAGAACAGCACCUGGUUAGCUGGCUGCCAGGACCCACAAGGAGCUGCUCCCAGCAGCAGCACCUGUACUUAGCAGUAUUGGUAACCUGGGCCACUUGGCCAGGACACUUUGGAGGUGACAGCUUACUACUUACUUUUAUUUUCCAAUCAAAGAGUCAAAAUCAGAUGCCAAAGAUUAAAAUGUACCUGCAGUGAGCCUAAAGCCACCAUCCUUGGCCAUCAGAAAACCAGACGGUGGAUGAUGCAUAAGGGGAAUAUAGGGAGUGAAGGGCUGGUUGACAUUGCUGGAGCUUUCUUCUUCUGUCCCUAUGAGCUGCAGGUCAGAAUUUAUCCCCCUGGGGAGUCAUCUUGAAGGUAGAAAUUCAAAGUGGAAUAAACUUACUCCAGUCCAAGCAAUGUGUGCGAGCCAGGACACACAUCUCCUAGGAUUACUUGGCACAGCCUCUAAACCCUCACUCUUUUGAGCAGAGCAGAGUCCUGCUUCAGUCUCCACAAGCUGCAAGAAAUCAGGAAAAUAAAAUGACAUGUCAGUCCUCCAGGGUCCCUGGCUCAGGGAGCCAGGAAUGAGGCUGGUCUUUUGGGCAAGAGCUGCUCACCCCAUAUACGUACUCACAGUACUGGUCCCAUUUGCUUCUGCCACUGUUGCCACUCUCCAUUUUUGGAACUUGUUUCAGAGAGAAGAGAGACAGUGAUUUAAGGCUACAAAAAUACCUGAAGACUUAAAGAGGAUUUUUAUAUUGUCUAAAGCUGAGUGACUGAGACUGAUCACAUCCAUCCAUUUAUAGUUUAGGUUGUCCUUGCACACAUCAUUUGCUCUUUAGUCUCCCUUUGUAUUUUUUUUACUCACCCCUGACAAUGUGAAGCACAGGAUUGAGGAACUGAUCCAUGUUAAAGCUUGAAAGCUUCGUUUUAACCCAGUUCUGGUGGCUGCUCUGUUCUGUCAGUGUUGUACAGACACUUGUGCCAGUGAAAGGAAGGGAUUAUCCAGGAAAGGCAAGGCUGGUAUAAACUAGGACUGACACAGAAAGCAGUUGGGAAGUUAAUGGCCCUAGUGUCAAGGAAAAAUGAAGAAAGGAAAUCUGAGUCUCCUGCAGUGGUUGAGUUAGCAGCAAAGAUGAGGCUUUUAAAUAUGCCACUAUGGGUGUUACCCUUGCAGUGUCCCACGAGCAGUUUCUCUUGCAGUCCCAAUGCUGGAAAUCAGGUACAUCCCGUUUCUGCAGAUCCCAGAGGACUCAAGUGUUUCACAAGUGAAAGGGAGCAGGUUGGGAAGGGGACUCUGCUCCCAUGCAGCCACCCAGCUGUAGCAGUUGGAGGCUCCUUGUUCAGGCAAACCUGCAAGGCAGCCUGCCCUUCCCACAGCUGCCUGCUGCUGUACGGGAGCACACUCACAGCAGUUUAACAGGAAUUAUUUUGAAUGUGAUGAGCUUGGACUGAGCCUUAAUAUUAGAGGCAACAGAAGGUGGUCUAAAAGUUCAAGGAUCAAUUGUCCACUAAGUAAUCUGAGGUGUGACAUACUUCACAGUUCCCUGAUAAGGAGAUUGGCUGCAGAAGAGGGGUUCUACACUCCAGAAUCCAUGCUUUUAAAAUAAUACAUAUUUCCAGAUCUGGAAUUCAUAAAAUCGUUUAAAACUGGAGAUAAUAUACCAAGCCCCACUGUCCCUAUCUGAUUCCUACUGCAGUCCCAGGAGUGUCUCUAGGCCACUCCUGUGUUUUGUGAGUUAAAAAAGUAAAUCAACUACAGAUUGAAAGUUGGAAAGGAAGAUGAAAAAUGUAAUACAACCUUGCUAUUAACCUCAUAUUAACCCCAAGGACAUCACAGCACUGAGUUAUUUAUUUUUGUGUACAAAAGAAAUAAAACAAGCUGCUAUAGAUCUACAUCUGAUUUUCCACCCUGCUUUGCUAGAAGGGCUUAAAGUCCACCUGCCCUUCACAGCACAGCUCAACCUACAGAGGAAUUGAGUGGCCACCUGCAUGGAGGUUUGCUCCUGCUCAGGACAGACAGGUUUUUAUUCAAGCAUGGUGAAAACAAGCAUAAAAACAAGUGUGGAGGAAAGUGCUUGUCCUGGACACCACUGUGUGUCCUAGGGAGGGACACUACAGAGCCCUGCCCAGCAGAGCUGUGUGGCUGUGCACCCUUCUGCUCUGGUGACAGGCAUCCAUGCAGAUAGCUCCAUGUCCUGACCACCCCUGGAGCAGAGCUUGGCAUGGCCUCUGAGCAGCCCUGAGCAUUUGUCCCAUCAUAGCAUUUCCUGACGGUUUACAUCCAGAUCAAAUUGUUUACAGGGAAAGGAAGAAUGUGAACUGAAUCAUAGAAAUUAUUUGCUGACAGAGUUUUGAGAGCUCCCUGGGACCAGUACCUGGGGAGCAAUCUUUCAUGCUUACUUCAUGCAUCGUGUCUUGUGGGCUUAUGUACAGUUUUUCUGACAGUAAGUGUUACAUCAAGUAUGAUCCAUGUUAUAUUGCUGCUGGUUUAUGACCUAUCUUAGUGCUAAUUACCUGUUUUCUGUUAAAUGUAUUAAUAAAAUAUAAAUGCCAACCUGUUGGAAAUCAAUGAGA